AUGAUGCAAAGUGAUGAGAAGCUCCCACUGAUAUCUGCCUCCGCAUCUCUCUCGACAACAACACCGCGGCGGCGGGAGCAAAGCCAAUCUCGUGGUUCGAUCACUGGGGUCACUCUCCCCACAAUCAACGCCCACCGCGCAGACUUUUCCCGCACCAGCUACAGCAACUGGAAUCAGCAGGGCCGCCACAAUGCGCACUUCCGCUCACGUGGUGAUUCUCUCACAAUGCUAAACACAACGCCAGGUCGAACCAGUUUCGAUCCUAAUCGGUAUCUCACCUCUGCGACGGCGAGGUCACGCGCCAUUGUGGAGAAGUUCCUGGAUCAGCUCAAGUCAUACCACACUUUUCAACCCGCUUUUGUUGAAGAUGGCGUCUACACCACCGUGAAGCCAUCAAAGCGGUUCUCAGGUGCUUCUGCGUGGGACACAGUGAGUAAAGUGUUGGAGGCCUCCUCAUCCCUCGCUGUGCGACACAACAUGGAUGACCACUUCGUCUCCACGCUUGAGCAAAUCCCGUCAGUGAAAGAACAGAUGCAGCCCACAUCUACCAGACCGGCGGUGGUUGUGUCGUAUCACAGUGACACGACGUACGUGUCGGGUGCAUCACCAGAUGACAAGUUUUCCGCUUCAUUUGGUCUCUGGCGCCGCGAGCAUCCCAAUGCGACACCGGAGGAAAUUCGUCAGGAGCUGAGGUUCUGGGAUAGUGAACGGGUAAGCUACGAGCGGGCGGGCCGCUCAAGCGAACACUGGUAUUUGCAGUCUGAACUUAACGGCCUCGUUGGGGAGCCGCUGGAAGAGGCAUCGUCCUACACGACAUCGUCGGGUUCUCGUGAGCGGAAACCACACGCUUAUUCGAUAGAGUCGUUGAGGGAGCGGUUCGAUCAGCGUAUGACGUGGGAAGUGUUUCUUGUUGGUGAGAAGUCGCAUAUGCGGAAGGCUGGAGCUACAUCGGCGGUGGCAGCAGCAGCAGCAGGACCAGCUCCAGCUGCCGAAAUAAUCACCGACUACCGUAAAAGCGACGCGUUGCAUGAGUGGAUCGAGUGGAAGUGGCGGCACCACACCCACCGCCAUGAGAACGCAGCUCUUCGUAUUCAAUGUGCGUACCGUUGCCACCGCGCCAAGGGAGCUGCAGCCCGGCGACGGUAUACUCGACGGAUCGCCUUUCUGGAAUCACUGCGGGCUGAGGAACGGUCAAUGGGCUCGUGGGAUACAUCGUUGCGUCUGACAUCUGAUGAGCUCAACAACGGUGGUGAAAACUUCAACGCAGUGUGGCGAUCGCUGAGCUUCGUAUUCUUGAAGCUGUACGCCACAGCGAUGAAGAGGCGGGCACGAAAGAUAGCAGACGAGGGACGUGACCGUGAGGUGCGGGAGUACGCUGCUCUGACGAUACAGCGCGUCUACCGUGGCCAUUGUGGCAGACAGUUGGCGGAGAUCAUACGAUACCCACAUCUGCUGGUGGAGAAGCGCCAACGUCGCAUGGAGGCUGCUGUGGUUGUGGUGCAGGCAGUAUGGCGGGGCCACAGAAUACGCACAUGCAUUUGGCAGAUGGCAGCCGCCGUUCUUGUCAUUCAGCGCCUUGUGCGAUCGUCAGCGGCGCGUGAGCGACUGCGCGUUCUCCGUGCAAAACAUGAGGAAGAUGUCAAAGUAUCAACACGGCAAUUUGCUGCGCGAGUUGUGAUGCGAUUCCUGAAACAAUGCGUAUUGCGGCGCCGAGAGUACUUAAUGCGGCACUUGGAGCAGCUGCUUACGCUGCAGCGCACUUUCCGCGGCUAUGCGUCACGGCUGGCGAUGCAAAGACAACAACAGCGUGUGGGGUGGGCCUCGCAGCUUGUGGCACUGUGGGGGCAGCGUCGCUUCCGCGGUGCCUGCGGCCGUGCAAUGGCGCAACACGAGCGAUCGAAUAGGGACGCCCGCUUCCAGCAGUUGCGCUGUGUGGACGCCGCCAACGUCAUUCAACGGACGUGGCGCCGGGCCCAGAUGCUGCGAAGCACGGCGACAAAAACGAGUGCCAGUGGUGCGAAGAGCUCCGAGAGAGCGACGGUGCCGGAAGCUGCUGUGGUGAGUGCCGCCGUGACUCUGCAGCGGUGGUACAGAAGCCUGACUUUGGUGCGCCUGGCGAAGGCAGAGCGCAAUGCUACGAGGAAGCAGUUACUGCUGUCGGAGGCCGCUGAAAGGAUUUUACGUUUUUACCGCACCUACAAGUCACGCCGGCCAUCACUUCCGCCGCAAGCCGCACCGCCGCCGGAGACCGACUGGAUACAAUGCGGCAGCUGCAGGCGUGUGGAACGUUGCACCACCUUUGGGAUUAUACGCUGA